CUUUGCAAAUAAAUUACAAUUUCUCUCCGCUUCGCCGGUAAAAUUCUCCUCCUCCCUCGCUUCGUCGCUCCUUCGCGGGUUAUCGGAUCCACUCCUCUCUUCCUCCACCAGAUCUCCGAUUCCCCUCUCCUCCGUUCUCGGAUCCGGAUCCGAACCCGACCCGAUCCACACAGAUCAGGCUCUGUAUUGCCUGAAUAAGGUGAAGCAAAUAUGCAGCAGGGGAAUGAAAAGCUGACAAACUUUCCUGGAAAACCUGCUGCAGCCUUCCCAGUUCCUUCGCAGAGUUCUCCUCCUUUUAGACCCUCUGCUCCUCCUGUUGGUUUUAGACCACAAGGUCCUUCUCAAUCGUCCAUGCCAUUCUUGGCAUCUGGACCCUUAGCUGGCCCAGAAUCAUCCGCUUAUAGGUCUCAACCUCCAUCUGUUAAGUUUAAUGGUCCAGCCACCCCUCCACCAUCAUCUUACCCCACACAAAGUUCGAGUAAUUUUCCGCAAUCACAAGUUCCUCCUCGGUUUCCUUCAAGCGGCCAACCUAUGCCUCCUUUACGGGGUCCCCCUCUAGGUCCACCAUCUGUUCCUCCUCCUGGGUAUCUUCAAUCUCAGGCCCAAACUCCCCUGUUUCCAGGAGGUUUUCCUCCCCAAACUGCAAACCAAGUACCUCCUAGAGCUAACGUGGCCCCUCCACCAUCUGAGUCACCAUUUACUGCAACUAGACCACCUAUGCAAGCACCUUUAUAUGGCAACGUUAAUACCGUUCCAGGUGCUAAUGUAUUCCAAUCACAAACUGAUUCACAGUUUUCUCCUCCUAGACCAGUUUCCCAACCACCCGGGCAAGCUUUUCCCACUGCCUCUAUUCCGCCAACGCAACCUCCCUUUCAUGCCUAUCAAGGAGGACUUAUGCAACCGCCUCCACCACCUACUGGAGUUCCUUUCGGUUUUACUCAACAAAUGCAGUACCCUACUACAGGACCUCCUAUAGGAGGUACCAUUCAGGGUCUGGUAGAGGAUUUUCAGUCAUUGUCUGUGGGUUCUGUUCCUGGGGCAGUUGACGCUGGAAUAGAUCCAAAAUCAUUGCCAAGGCCGUUAGAUGGUGAUAGGGAGCCAACCUCCGUUCUUAAAUCAUACCCUUUGAAUUGUCACCCGAGAUUUUUGAGGCUGACUACACAUGCCAUACCUAAUUCCCAGUCGCUGCUUUCUAGGUGGCAUUUACCACUUGGUGCCGUAGUUCAUCCUCUUGCAGAAGUUCCAGAUGGGGAAGAGGUGCCAGUUGUUAACUUUGGAUCAGCAGGUGUUAUUAGAUGUCGGAGAUGUCGAACGUAUGUGAAUCCAUAUGUAACAUUCACAGAGGCAGGAAGGAAAUGGCGCUGCAAUCUUUGUGGUUUGCUUAAUGACGUUCCAGCAGAGUAUCUCUGUGGUUUAGAUGCCAAUGGAAGGAGACAUGAUAUUUAUCAAAGACCUGAGCUUUCUAAGGGAAGUGUGGAAUUUGUUGCUCCAACUGAGUAUAUGGUGCGACCACCUAUGCCACCACUGUACUUUUUCCUUAUUGAUGUUUCAGUAUCUGCUGCUCGAAGUGGUCUGCUUGAGGUUGUAGCUAAAACAAUAAAGUCUUGUCUCGACGAGCUACCUGGCUUCCCCAGGACGCAAAUUGGCUUCUUAACUUUUGACAGCACAUUACAUUUCUAUUGUCUGAAGUCUUCUUUGACACAGCCUCAAAUGAUGGUGGUAGCAGAUUUGGAUGAUAUAUUCUUACCCCUGCCUGAUGAUCUUCUUGUAAAUCUCUCUGAUUCAAGGCAUGUUGUGGAUGCAUUCUUAGAUAGCUUGCCCAGUAUGUUCCAGGGCAAUACAAAUCCAGAAUCUGCCUUUGGUCCUGCUCUGAAGGCCGCAUUCAUGAUUAUGAGCCAACUUGGAGGGAAACUGCUUGUCUUUCAGAGUACUUUGCCUUCUCUUGGCAUUGGUCGCCUAAGGUUGCGUGGUGAUGAUCUCCGUGUCUAUGGAACUGACAAAGAGCACAUAUUGAGGGUCCCUGAAGAUCCGUUUUAUAAGCAAAUGGCUGCUGAAUUUACAAAGAAUCAAAUUGCGGUGGAUAUCUAUGCUUUCAGUGACAAGUACUCUGAUAUAGCUUCUCUAGGUUCUCUUGCCAAAUAUACUGGUGGCCAGGUAUAUUAUUAUCCAUCUUUCCAGGCACCCAUCCAUCAAGAGAAACUUAGACAUGAGUUGGCCAGGGAUAUCACUAGGGAAACAGCUUGGGAAGCUGUGAUGCGCAUUAGAUGCGGAAAAGGUGUGCGUUUUACUACUUACCACGGGCAUUUUAUGCUAAGGUCCACAGACUUAUUAGCCCUUCCUGCUGCGGAUUGUGAUAAAGCCUUUGCAAUGCAGUUAUCUUUGGAAGAGACCUUAAUGACAACCCAAACAGUGUACUUCCAAGUGGCCCUUCUAUAUACUUCCUCCUCAGGUGAAAGACGUAUCAGAGUCCACACAGCAGCUGCACCUGUAGUAGCAGAUCUUGGUGAAAUGUACCGCCAAGCUGAUACUGGGGCCAUUAUCUCAGUCUUGAGCAGGCUUGCAAUUGAGCACUCGUUGUCCCAUAAGCUGGAGGAUUCUCGUCAGCUAAUGCAGUUGAAGAUUGUGAAGAGCCUAAAGGAAUAUCGCAACCUAUAUGUAACGCAACAUCGGUUAGGUGGACGGUUGAUAUUUCCUGAAUCUCUAAAGUUCUUGGUACUAUAUGCAUUAUCUCUUUGCAAAUCUGUAGCACUUCGUGGCGGGUAUGCUGAUGCUCCUCUAGAUGAACGAUGUGCAGCUGGUUAUAGCAUGAUGAUUUUACCCAUAAACAGGGUGCUUAAACUUCUUUACCCAAGCUUGCUUAGAGUCGAUGAGUACCUCAUCAAGGCCUCAGGUGAUUUUGAAGAAACUACAAAACCAUUGCCUUUAACUGCACAAAGUUUAGACCGAGAAGGCUUAUAUAUUUUUGACAACGGAUUCAACUUUGUUAUUUGGUCUGGCAGCAUGCUACCGCAUGAAUUAGUUGAUAAUAUAUUUGGAAAUCUUUUUGCCUUCCCUGAUAUAUCCAAGGCUGCACUUUGCGAAAAUGACAAUGACAUGUCAAGAAAAUUUAUGAAGAUUCUAAACAGAUUAAGACAAAAAGAUCCUUCAACCUAUCAGUUAUGCUACAUAGUAAGACAAGGCGAGCAACCCAGAGAGAGUGCCUUGCUUCUUUCCAAAUUUGUUGAGGAUCAGAGCGCUGGAAUCAGCGGUUACCUCGAGUGGAUUCUACAAAUACAUCGUCAAUCUCAAACUUCUUGAAUUUGAGCAGAGAUUUUAAAAAAAGACUUUACCUUGAAAGAACUUGGUUUCUUUUUGAUAGUUUUAUUUGUAAAAUGUGGUUGAAAUUUUUAAUUGUUUCAUAGUAUUUUUGUCUAUUUUCCCCCUUCUUGUGUAGUGAGUUGAAAUUUUCUUGUUGUAUUCUAAUAAGGAUUGUAGUUGAAUCGUAUACCUGAAUAAUUCUUCAAUAUGUACUUAGAGACUGAGAUUAUUCUUGUCAGGUUUGGUUCAAAUACUUGGGUUUGCUUUGUUCC